AUGAUCGGAGCAUUAACCCCAACUCAAAAGGCGACUACAAUGCGGAAAUACGACGUUCGAGUGCCGCGUUUACGAGAGCAACUUGAUUGGUACCACGACAAUGACCACUAUGUGCACUCGGAUAGUAGUUGA